UCGUGCUUCCGGAAACAAACUCAUCAUGUCCAAGGUUCCAGCCAUUCUUGCUCCCACAGAGGCCGAUAUGCAGAUGCUUCUUGCUGCCCAGUCCCAUCUUGGCACAAAGAACUCUGAGAUUAAAAUGGCUCCAUACGUCUUCAAGCGCCGUACUGAUGGUGUCAACAUCAUCAACAUUGGCAAAACCUGGGAGAAGCUUGUUCUUGCUGCCCGUAUCAUUGCUUCCAUUGAAAACCCUGCUGAUGUCUGUGUGAUCUCUGCUCGUCCUUAUGGUCAGCGUGCUGCCCUCAAGUUUGCUCAGUACACUGGUGCUCAGGCCAUUGCUGGACGUUUCACUCCCGGUACCUUCACCAAUUACAUCACUCGCUCGUUCCGUGAGCCCCGUCUGGUUGUUGUUACUGACCCUGCUAUGGAUCACCAGCCUAUUAUUGAGGCUUCCUAUGUCAACAUCCCCGUCAUCUCCUUCUGUGACACUGACUCUUCCCUCAAGUUUGUUGAUGUUGCCAUCCCCACAAACAACAAGGGCCGUCACGCAAUCGGUCUUGGCUGGUAUCUCCUUGCUCGUGAGGUUCUCCGUCUUCGUGGAUCCAUUGCGCGUACAAGCCAGUGGGAUAUCAUGGUUGACAUGUUCUUCUACCGUGACCCCGUUGAAGAGGCUGAGAAGGAAGCCGAGCUUCUUGCUCAAAAGGCCGAGGCUGAUGAGUGGAAAACCUCCGAGGAUCAGGCUGCUCUUGAAUGGGAAGGCACUGCCGGUGCUGCUGAUGUUGUUGCUGUUGCUCCCGUUGCUGAAGGUGAUGGUGACUGGGGUGCAGCUGCUGACAAUGAAUGGUCUGGCGAGCAGCCCGCUGCCAGUGGCUGGUAAUAUAUGCGAGUGUCCUUUGCGAUCCUUGCAUGUAUGUUUUUAAUAAACCAUUUGAAUUGAACCUGGACGAUAUAAUAAC